GCUGUUGCCUUGUGCCUGUUUGUGGUUGUGCUAUUAGGAUGGCUCCCUGGUUGACCUACAAGCCCUGUCUUCCUGCUACCUCCAGCUGAAGGAUCCUGCCCCAGUGAUAUCUCCAGGGCCACUUGGUUCCGUCCUGGUUGUGAUCAGGGUUUUUAAAACUUUUAGCUGCGAGCAAAAGUCCAUUUUGGAAUCUGGAGAACUACUGGAAAAUGUCGACUCCCAGCAGGUUCAAGAAAGACAAAGAAAUCAUAGCAGAAUAUGAGAGCCAAGUGAAAGAGAUUCGGGCUCAGCUAGUCGAGCAACAGAAAUGUUUGGAACAACAGACAGAAAUGAGAGUUCAACUGCUUAAUGACCUGCAGGACUUCUUCCGCAAAAAAGCAGAGAUUGAGACAGAGUAUUCCCGAAAUCUUGAGAAACUCGCAGAGAGGUUCAUGGCUAAAACAAGGAGCACAAAAGAUCAUCAACAAUACAAGAAAGACCAGAACCUACUAUCUCCUGUAAACUGCUGGUACUUAUUAUUGAAUCAAGUGAGAAGAGAAAGCAAGGACCAUGCAACGUUGAGUGACAUCUAUCUAAACAACGUUAUAAUGCGUUUCAUGCAAGUAAGCGAGGAUUCAACACGGAUGUUUAAAAAGAGCAAAGAAAUUGCAUUCCAGCUACAUGAGGAUUUAAUGAAAGUUCUUAAUGAGCUGUACACGGUCAUGAAAACCUACCAUAUGUACCAUGCUGAGAGCAUUAGUGCUGAAUGUAAGCUAAAGGAGACAGAGAAACAAGAGGAAAAACAAAUAGGGAGAUCUGACCCAGUGUUUCACUUACGACUGGAGGACAAGCACCAAAGAAGAAGCUCGGUCAAAAAGAUAGAGAGACUAAAGGAGAAGCGUCAAGCCAAAUACUCAGAGAAUAAGUUGAAGUCCAUUAAGGCGCGCAAUGAAUACCUACUAACGUUGGAAGCAACGAACGCUUCUGUUUUCAAGUAUUACAUCCAUGACCUUUCAGAUUUAAUUGAUUGUUGUGACCUGGGAUAUCAUGCGAGUUUAAACAGAGCCAUGAGAACUUACCUGUCUGCCGAAUACAACCUUGAGACUUCGCGACACGAAGGACUAGACAUCAUUGAAAAUGCUGUUGAUAACUUGGAACCAAGGAAUGACAAGCAACGAUUCAUGGAGAUGUAUCCCAUUGCUUUCUGCCCCCCAAUGAAAUUUGAGUUUCAGCCUCACCUUGGUGAUGAGGUGUGCCAAGUUAGUGCUCAGCAGCCUCUACAGGGAGAGCUUAUACUUCGUUACCAGCAGCUUCAGUCACGGCUAGCAACAUUGAAAAUAGAGAAUGAAGAGGUGAAGAAAACAACAGAAGCCACUCUACAAACUAUCCAAGAUAUGGUCACCAUUGAGGAUUACGAUGUGUCUGAGUGUUUUCAACACAGUCGUUCUACAGAGUCUGUGAAGUCCACCGUCUCAGAGACCUACUUAAGUAAACCUAGUAUUGCGAAGAGGAGAGCAAAUCAGCAGGAAACAGAACAGUUCUACUUCAUGAAAUUCAGGGAACACCUAGAAGGAAGCAAUCUUAUUACUAAACUUCAAGCUAAGCAUGAUCUUCUACAGAGGACUCUUGGGGAGGGCAAAGGUUAUAGAGCGGAAUACAUGACUACAAGGCCUCCACAUGUACCCCCUAAACCCCUGAAACAAAGGAAGCCCAGACCCCUAUCCUAUUGUAGUUCCAAGUUGUUUAAUGGGGAUCUGGAAUCAUUCAUCAAGGAAUCUGGGCAAAUAAUCCCUCUCAUCGUGGAAAGCUGCAUCAGGUUCAUCAAUCUGUAUGGUCUUCAACAUCAAGGAAUUUUCAGAGUGUCUGGUUCCCAGGUAGAAGUCAACGAUAUUAAAAAUGCUUUCGAAAGAGGUGAGGAUCCCUUGACUGAUGACCAAAAUAAUCACGACAUCAACUCUGUAGCUGGAGUCUUGAAGCUGUAUUUUCGUGGCUUAGAAAACCCGCUCUUUCCUAAGGAAAGAUUUAACGAUUUGAUAUCCUGCAUCCGAGUGGAGAAUCUCUAUGAGAGGGCAAUCCUUAUACGGAAAAUCCUCCUGACCGUACCCAGAACGGUGCUUAUAGUCAUGAGAUACCUUUUUGCAUUUCUCAACCACCUUUCUCAGUACAGCGAUGAGAACAUGAUGGACCCGUAUAACUUGGCCAUUUGCUUUGGCCCCACUCUAAUGCCUGUUCCAGAUAUACAAGACCAGGUGUCCUGUCAGGCUCAUGUGAAUGAAAUUGUGAAAACCAUUAUCAUCCAUCACGAGACCAUUUUUCCAGAUGCUAAGGAACUGGAGGGUCCAGUGUAUGAGAAAUGCAUGGCUGGGGACGAUUACUGUGACAGCCCAUACAGUGAUCAUGGUACAUUGGAAGAAGUGGAUCAAGAUGCUGGCACAGAGACUCACACAAGUGAAGAUGAGUGUGAGCCGAUUGAAGCUAUUGCAAAAUUUGACUACUCUGGAAGAUCUGCCCGUGAAUUGUCCUUUAAAAAAGGCGCCUCCCUCCUUCUGUAUCACCGCGCGUCUGACGACUGGUGGGAAGGCAGACAUAAUGGGAUAGAUGGCCUAGUCCCCCAUCAGUAUAUUGUGGUGCAGGACAUGGAUGAUGCAUUUUCAGAUACUCUGAGUCAGAAGGCAGACAGCGAAGCUAGCAGUGGACCUGUGACAGAUGAUAAGUCAUCAUCAAAAGAUAUGAAUUCUCCAACUGAUAGGCGUCCUGAUAUAUAUUUAGCCAGGCACAGGAGAAGAGCUGAUCCACCACCUCCUCGUCGCUCAGGCCGGACAAGUGACAGUCACUGCCCUUUACAUCCACAACAGAUUGCCAAUAAUUCUGUAGAAACUAUGUCUUCCAAUGUAUCAAGUCAUUGCAGUCCAAGACCUCUUCUGCAUAAUCGAAACCUCAAUACGGACAGCCCAGAAAGAAGACGCAAACCAGGCCAUGGAAGCCUUACAAACAUUAGUAGGCAUGACUCUCUGAAAAAGAUAGAUAGUCCACCAAUUAGAAGGUCUACAUCAUCGGGACAGUAUACAAGUUUUAAUGAUCAUAAACCAAUUGAUGCAGAAAGUAUUGCUCAGCAGGAUAUAGAAGAAACCAUGAAUUCUGCCCUGAGUGAGCUUCGUGAGCUGGAACGUCAAAGCACUGCCAAACAUGCCCCUGACGUAGUGCUGGACACCCUAGAACAAAUUAAAAACUCUGCCACCUCCGCAACAUCAACAGAAUCACUGAGCCCUCUUCACAAUGUGAUACUGAAGAAUACGGAGCCUCAAAUCCGUCGCAGUACCAGCACUUCUAGUGACACUAUGAGUACUUUCAAGCCAAUGGUGGCACCUAGAAUGGGAGUUCAGUUGAAGCCACCUGCUUUGAGGCCAAAACCAAUUGUUCUUCCAAAAACAAAUCCUGGUAUAGGACCACCUCAACCUUCGCAAGGAGCCGCCGAUAAAUCCUGCACAAUGUAACUUGAAUCUUCGUACAGGCUGUUGGGCAUGCUUUAUCAUCAUGCAUGGUGUGCACCGGGAAUUGCCAUGCUAUGUAUGAAACUCCUGCAACAAUUUUAGAGAAUUAUGGGCGUGGGGGGAGGUUUGGUUAUUGUAUGUGUUUUUUACAAGAGUAGGAACACAUAGAUAUUACUUGAAGAUUUAAUGCUGCACAACUUGUAUAGAUUGUGACCCAGAUCACAAAUGACUUCCCACUUACAAAAUGGAUGCACAUUAUUUAUGCACAGAAUUUUAACCAAGAAAUGUCAUUGGGAGUUAACAACUCAUAGUGAUGGAGAGAUCUGUUGUUACCUCACAGGUCAAACAUUAAGAGCAGCCUAAAUAAAUUAUCCAUGGGUUUUUCAUAGCCUCUUACAGACCAAUGACAUACCUGCCAUUUUCUGACAUAAAGGGAUUUGGCUUAGCUAGAGAUGGCUGACUUCGCUCUCCAAUUGUUGGUGAGAUUCUUUUCUCACAGUGCUUUUCCUGAUGGAACAUCAAAGGAAAAGUAACUCACGGACAUCUGGGGUGCAAUCACUUAUUUUCAACACAUUUAUAAAUUGUACUUCUUUUUAAACCUAGGAGUGAUGAGGGGGAUCAAGCCCAAUAAAUGCAAAUAUUUUCCCAAAAAAAGAGGCUGUGUUAAGAGAUUAUUUGUAAUUUCUAAAUAGACUUAUUAAUAUUAUAGCCAAAACCAUUUAUUUCCUAACUGCAUUGUAAACCGAAGACUGUAUUGCUAUUUACGUGUAAAAUAUGCACCGCAUGUGGUAAUUGUACAGGUAUGUAUGGAAUAUGUCUUUACAUGUUUCUGUGAAUGGAGAUUGCUAUAUAUGUAUAUGUGUAAAUAGAGCGAUAUGCACACUAAACAGAGAAGCCGUAAAACUCAUUGCGAGCACAAAAUAGUCUAUAAUUACUGAUGCUAGAUUGUGACCCCUUUUCACUAAUGGAGAGCCGAGAGCUGCUUGUGUAUAAUAUGUAUUGCAGCUAACAUAUGCUAUUCUCUGUUCUGGGAACAGUUAGUUUAGUUUUCCCAGCAUGAAUGACAAUAAAUUGAAUCUGUUCAUUUUUCUAUUUCUUUUAAUCUUUUUAGUGUCUGCCUGUGGAGAGUAUGCUUUUAAUAAACAAAUAGAUUGAAAUAUAUAUUUUUAGUGUGGGGUCUGUAAGGACACAUUCACAAACCGUGCAAUUUAGUUUAAUGUGUUGUUUAGAAUAGGCUAAAAAAAAAAUCUCUUCUCUUGAGUCAUGGAUAUGACUGAGAAAUGUA